AUGGCAACCCCGGACGCGCACACGCGCUUCCCGAAUGACUCCUGCUUCUCCCAAUUACUCACAAUCGCAGAGCAAAAUCUCUCCUCUGUGAUUGUUAAUGACCCUACCACCGGGGUAAAAGCAGACUACAAUCGUUUGCUCCAUGAUAUAUCGGAUGUCCGACGUACGUUAUGCAAAGUUCUGCCAACAUACCUACUACAGAAGGGUAGCAUGCUUCAAGGGGAUCCUAUCUACGUCUGCACCCUGUUAGGACCAAAUUAUAACUUCGUUAUUGCUCUUCUGUCAAUCUUAGCUAUAGGCGGAGCAGUGGUGCCUCUAUAUGAAGCUAUCUCCUUGAUUAUACGAUGUAAUGCCGCACACCUCAUAGUCGACCCCGAGAACGCCGAAUUUGCUGUGAAGAUCCAAGCCCGAUUCCACGAACGGACCGGACUAAACAUCUAUAUCGUUCCAAUUGAUCUCUCACAAGCCCCCGUGUCUGUGAGUCGACACUGUUGCACUAUUGAUCACGACACCAUCUUCUCUCCGGGAAGAGCCGGUCUUGUUCUUUUUUCUUCUGGUACUACCGGGCCCCCUAAAGGGAUUAUCCACAGCCGAAGUGUCUUUUAUCAUGCAAAAGAACUAGUACGAGUACGCAAAGAUGGCCAGGAUAUCUUCCUUAUUUACCGAACAGUCGUUAGCGCAGGGGGUGUGCUUCCGCUCAUACGAUACAUUCUGACUGGUGUCCAGCUGGAGAUAUUUAAUCCGGCAUGGGAUGCUGCCGCUCUAUGGGACCGGCUCCGAAAGGGCGGUCUCACGAUCCUUGUCGGCACACCAAUUCUCUGGCUUCAACUCAAGAAAUACUAUGAGUCCACUCUCGUCUAUCUCCCAGAAAAAGAAAGGCGAUUGUAUGUGAAAGGCGCACAAGACCUCCGGGGGGCGGUAUAUAUUGGCGCAGUAGCUGCGCCUGCCCUAAAGCAUUUCUGGUGGGAUCUACGUCAGGGGCGAGCGCUAGUGACCGCGUAUGGCAGCACUGAGCUAGGAAGCUCGGUAAUCAGCUCUUCCAUUUACGAACGGCCGGAGACCUUUCAUAACAAAGAAUUCAACCUUAUAUGUGCUGUUGGCAGAGACCGAUUCUCGGAACGACGAAAAAAGGGUUUGAGGUCAAGCUUUCUGAAGGAAGCUGCGGCGAAAUUCUUGUUCGGUCUCCAUUUAUAUUUGCUGGGUAGGGCCCCACCGAGUCAUAUUAUUCAGCUCUGUACUGACCAGGCUAGGUAUUUAAAUGAUGAGGGAGGCUCAUCCUCAGUUCUGGAUGAUGAGGGGUUCUUUAAGACCGGAGACCUAGCUCACAUGGAAGGAGAAUGUUUUGUAUUUGAUGGCCGAGCAGAAAGCGACUGCAAGUCAUCCUUCCCCUACAUUGUCAUGAAGAGACUAACUGUGCAAUCUUUCCCAGUCAUCAAGUUCCUCUUUGGAUUCCGGGUUCCUAGGCUUCUCGUGGAGGCCCAGGUGGUCCAGCUUCCUGGCAUUGUUGAAGCUGUCGUCGUGGGGGUACCCGAUCCUGAGUGUGAGGAACGCGUGGGUGCCAUUGUACGAACAGAUUCGACGUAUAUUAGCCUUGAAAAGUUUCGAAAGGACUUAUCAACUCACCUACCGCUGUACCAGCUACCCACGAUCCUUUACGUCCUAAAAAAGGACGAAGAUAUUCCCCUGACGCGCACAAACAAGCCUGAUCUUAGGAAGGCUCUAAGCCAAUUCUUUUCUUUGGAACUGCCAUCCUCAUUAGGAGAUUGUCCGCAAAAUGUUCAAGUCUAUGAUAUCAGUAAGCUGAGGGGCAUGAAAUCGGAACGGCUAUGGGAUUGGGCGGGGAUUCAGAGAUAG